CGUCGUCGUCGUCGUCGUCGUCGUCGUGUGGGCUGACAGGACUGGGGCGAGCCAUGGCGGCCGUGCGCUGUGGAGGAGGAGGAGGAGGAGGAGUCGUCCUGUCGCUGUCCCGGCGCCUGCUGCGGGUCUUGACAUAUGCACACCGGCAUUAUACAUCGCAAAGCACCUUGAAUGAAGUGGUCAUAGUAAGCGCCUCAAGGACACCGAUCGGCUCUUUUCUAGGAUGCCUAUCCUCACUUCCAGCUACUAAACUUGGCUCCAUUGCGAUUCAAGGAGCAAUUGAAAAAGCAGGGAUACCAAAAGAAGAAGUGAAAGAAGCUUAUAUGGGAAAUGUCAUCCAAGGAGGACAAGGACAAGCCCCAACCAGGCAAGCGGUGCUGGGUGCAGGUUUACCAAUUGGUACCCCUUGCACUACUGUCAACAAAGUUUGUGCUUCAGGAAUGAAAUCUAUUAUGAUGGCAUCUCAGAAUCUUAUGUGUGGACACCAGGAUGUGAUGAUUGCGGGUGGCAUGGAGAGCAUGUCUAAUGUUCCGUAUGUCAUGAGCAGAGGAUCCACACCUUACGGAGGAGUAAAACUUGAAGAUUUGAUUGUGAAAGAUGGAUUAACUGAUGUCUACAACAAAAUUCACAUGGGUAACUGUGCGGAAAACACCGCUAAGAAGCUUAAUAUUUCCCGAGAAGAACAGGAUGCUUAUGCCAUAAGCUCUUACACAAGGAGCAAAGCAGCAUGGGAAGCAGGAACCUUUAAAGAUGAAAUUGUUCCUGUCACUAUAACCCAAAAAGGAAAACCAGAUGUGGUUGUGAAAGAGGAUGAAGAAUAUAAACGUGUUGAUUUUACCAAGGUUCCAACACUGAAAACUGUUUUCCAAAAAGAAAAUGGAACCGUAACUGCCGCCAAUGCAAGCACCCUGAAUGAUGGAGCAGCUGCUGUGGUUCUUAUGACUGCAGAAGCAGCCAGGAGGCUUAAUGUCAAGCCCCUGGCAAGAAUAGCAGCAUUUGCAGAUGCUGCCGUGGCACCGAUUGACUUUCCGAUUGCGCCAGCUUAUGCUGUCCCAAAGAUUCUUAAAGAUGCAGGUUUGAAAAAGGAAGACAUUACCAUGUGGGAAGUAAAUGAAGCCUUCAGUUUAGUUGCUCUAGCAAAUAUUAAGAUGCUGGAAAUUGAUCCCCAGAAAGUGAACAUCAACGGAGGAGCUGUGUCAUUGGGACACCCAAUUGGAAUGUCGGGAGCAAGACUGGUGGUUCACAUGGCCCACGCGUUGAAGAAAGGACAAUACGGUCUCGCGGGAAUUUGCAAUGGUGGAGGAGGCGCUUCGGCAAUACUGAUUCAGAAGCUGUAGGUUGGGUGGCGAUUCAAGCCUUCAAUUUAUACGAUCAGAACGGUCUGACGUGCUCUGCUUAAGGGUCUGAUAAGGACACAAGCUAGGUUAUUUUAUCCUUUAAAUCCAGUUAAGCAGCCUUCAUUUGGCAUUUAAUAAUACUCAGUGGUUUUUUUUUUAACAGAAAACAAAUCAUUAAGGCUUUCUGCUGAUUGUGUAGGGUGUGAAUAAACUCGUAAUUUGACUUA